CCCCUCACCUCAGCGCGUCCGCCCCGACCUGACCCGCCCGGCCCGGCCCGGCUCGGCUCGGCUCGCCAUGGCCUCCGUCGCCCCCGGCCAGAGCGGCUCCGCCGCGCCCCUCGCGCUGCAGCGCGGCAUCGUCAAGAUGGUCCUCUCCGGCUGCGCCAUCAUUGUCAGAGGGCAGCCCCGUGGGGGGCCCCCUCCUGAGCGGCAGAUCAACCUCAGCAAUAUCCGUGCUGGAAACCUUGCCCGCCGGGCUGCUGCAGGACAGCCAGAUGCUAAGGAUACUCCUGAUGAGCCCUGGGGAUUUCCGGCUCGUGAGUUCCUGCGAAAGAAGCUCAUUGGGAAGGAGGUGUGCUUCACUGUGGAGUACAAGACCCCGCAAGGCCGGGAGUAUGGCAUGGUGUAUCUUGGCAAAGACACGACCGGGGAGAACAUUGCCGAGUCUCUCGUGGCAGAAGGCCUGGCCUCUCGCAGGGAAGGAAUCCGAGCCAAUAAUCCUGAGCAGAACAGACUGGCUGAGCUGGAAGAUCAGGCGAAGGUUGCGAAGAAAGGAAUGUGGAGCGAAGGAACAGGCUCUCACACGGUCCGGGAUCUCAAGUACACGAUUGAAAAUCCACGCCACUUUGUGGACUCCAUGCACCAGAAGCCAGUCAAUGCCAUCAUAGAACAUGUCCGGGAUGGCAGCGUGGUCAGAGCCCUGCUCCUCCCCGAUUACUACCUGGUCACCGUCAUGCUUUCUGGCAUCAAGUGCCCCACGUUCAAGCGGGAGGCAGAUGGUGCAGAGACACCGGAGCCGUUUGCAGCAGAAGCAAAGUUCUUCACUGAGUCACGGCUGCUGCAGAGAGAUGUGCAGAUUGUCCUGGAGAGCUGCCACAAUCAGAACAUCCUGGGCACCAUCCUCCAUCCGAAUGGCAACAUCACGGAGCUGCUGCUGAAGGAAGGCUUUGCGCGCUGCGUGGACUGGUCCAUUGCUGUGUACACCCGCGGGGCUGAGAAACUGCGAGCGGCCGAAAGGUACGCCAAGGAACGCAAGCUGAGAAUCUGGAGAGACUAUGUGGCUCCCACAGCUAAUCUGGACCAGAAGGACAAGCAGUUCGUUGCCAAGGUGAUGCAAGUGCUAAACGCAGAUGCCAUUGUGGUUAAGCUGAACUCUGGAGACUACAAAACCAUUCAUCUGUCCAGCAUCAGACCACCUAGACUGGAAGGAGAAGGCACCCAGGGCUAUGGCAACAGAGUUCCUUCAACUGGGAGGGAGACAGGGACGGGAUUAUUGUUUAACUGGGGGAAAAUGAUCAUGUCUCCAGAACAGCUGGUUGAAGCUGAACCCGAGCAAAACAGAGCAGCUGCAAGUGAUGCUUUCUACCCUCUCUGGUUGGCUGGGAGUCCCCAUGCCAUCCUAGUGGGCGAAGACUUGGCUCAGUUGUUCAUGCCUGUCACCGCUCAGUUGGACUACAGCAAGGCAUGA